AUGGGCGAGGCUCUCUCGGCGCAAGGUCACUGCGCAUGCGGCGCGUUGAGCUACACCCUCACCCUGUCUGGACCACCGCGGCUCUCUGCCUACUGCCACUGCACGCGCUGCCAACGCUUCAACGGCGCGCCGUUUGUGCAUACCAUGCAUCUGCCUUACGCCGCUGUGCAGUGGCAUCCUUCUCCGCCAGCGCCGCCUCCACGACAAGCACGCCCAGAUGGCGCGUGGAGCGAGAAGACGCACGUGUUUGAGGCCAUGAAGGAGAGGAAGUGGAAGCUGCGCUGCAGCGAGUGCGGCUCGCCCAUGGGCAGCUGGAAUGCCGCAAAGGGCCAAUGGUCCAUCUGGCGCCCAACACUGGUGCGCAAGCCGGCGCCGGGAGAGGAGCAGGGCGCACGAAGCCACUACACCGGCCCGCCAGACGCUCCUGAGGCGCUGCUCGAGCUGCUGCGCCCUACGCAUCAUCAGUUCUAUGGCGCAUGGCGCGCCAUCGACGUCGAGGACGGGCUGGAGAAGUGGACUGGGUACCAGGGGCAGAGCGACCGUGUCGGCUGA